GCUCGCGGUUGGUUCGGGCUGCGCUCUUUAGUAUGCCACAUGCUGGUCGUUGGCAUCACUCGUCGAUCGCGCGCCUUUCGUGCUCAGCUAUAAUGUAAUUCAAUCGCAGUUAUUAAUGUUAUUCCAUAGCGCAUUGGACUUUCCAAAGGGGGCUGCAUUGUACAGGGUAUGCCCAGAUCCGGUUUGGAGCUACCCAUCGUCGACCACAACACCAACACUCACCCUAAAACAAGCUUCAUCGCGAGCUGCGUCUUUUCUGACGGUCCCGUUCUUUGAGAGCAGCAACCAUUUCGGCUUCCAAAGUGAAAUCGGCCGCUGCGGCCUCGACUCCAUCCAAGCUGCUGAGGAUGCUGUCCAAGGACAAAGACGCCACCGCGCCCAUUUGCUUGGGCGAGGAGGUAGUCGAGCUCAUCGUCGACCCCAUUACCAUUCAGAUUGAUUCAACUUUUAAGGUGGUCAAGGAACCUCUCGUGGACGACCCUGGCGACAACAACGGCGGACGCUUGCCAGACGUGGUGGCGGAGACAACAAUGUUAGCGGACCCUGCGGAGGUGGUUCAGAAGAAGGAUGAGAGUUACCGUGCAAUGGCCCUACAAGUUUUCAUUCCGUUCUUGGUUGCCGGACUUGGAAUGGUUGGAGCAGGGCUUGUUCUUGACGUCGUUCAGCAUUGGUCAGUGUUCAUGCAAGUAAAGGAGUUGAUGAUUUUGGUGCCGGCUUUGUUGGGAUUAAAAGGAAAUCUAGAGAUGACUCUCGCGUCUCGUCUCAGCACCCAGGCAAACUUAGGACAUAUGGACACGCCAAAAGAGCAGUGGAGCAUGAUCGCAGCUAAUCUCACGCUAAUCCAGUGCCAAGCUAUUGUGGUUGGAUUUCUUGGAUCAGUAGCUGCGUUGAUUAUGGAGGCCAGCAAAACUCAGACCUUCAACUUGGACCACGCUUUUCUCCUCUGCGCAAGCAGUCUCGUGACCGCCUCCAUCGCCAGUUUUGUCCUAGGACUGAUCACGGCCGCGGUAAUAGUUUUUUCGAGACACUGCAACAUCAACCCUGACAAUGUGGCCACACCCAUCGCGGCCAGUUUGGGCGACAUCACGUCCCUUGCCUUGCUCUCUUGGACUUCGACCCACCUCUACAACGCUAUAGGAAAACAAGACUGGCUGGCACCGCUCAUCAUCUCAGGUUAUGUGCUAAUCACACCGCUCUGGGUUUGGAUCGCAAAACGCAAUAAGUACACCCGCGAAGUGCUCUACACUGGCUGGACACCAGUGGUAAUCGCCAUGAUAAUCAGCAGCUUCGGGGGUUUCAUCCUGGAGGGAAUGGUCGCGCAUUUUGAAGGAUUCGCCGUCUUCCAACCUGUUAUCAACGGAGUCGGUGGCAACCUGGUGGCUGUGCACGCUAGCAGGAUCUCAACCUCCCUUCACAGGGACUUCCAGCCCGGAAUGCUGGAUGACGAAGAAGGCGGCCACAGCAGCGUCUGCAUUACACCAGGCCAGUCUUUCCGCGGCAAGAACAAACAUUCGCGCACAUGCCGCAUCCUAAUGUGCAUGGUGGUGCCUGGACACCUCAUUUUCGUCUACACCAUUCACUACAUAAAAACUGGAAACUUGGGAUUAUCGCUGUUGUUUCUUGCUGGCUACCUCGUCGCAGCACAAAUUCAGGUUGGCAUUCUGCUCUACAUCGCUUACAUCAUGACCCACUGGAUGUGGAAGAGACGAAUCGAUCCAGACAACUCAGCCAUCCCAUACCUCACUGCCAUGGGCGAUCUUUUGGGCAUAAGUUUGCUUGCCAUGGCCUUUGGCGUCCUGUACGUUGCUGGCAACGAUGGUAUCUACAUGAAACAGUAAUCUUUUUCGAAACCGAAUAUUUAAGUAAGACUGCAGAAAUUGGCAAGACGAUUUUUAUAAAAAAAGGACCCUGCUCUCACAUUACUUCUUGCAUUAUUUUCGAUACAACUCAGUAUUGGCUGGCCCAACGAUCAAAAUUGCAACACAGGACAAGGCACGAGCUAUGAAAUUUCUUCAUACCAGACUAACUUGCAACUUCAAGUUUACUAAAAUCAUCUACUUUCACGAAAUCCCAAAAAACUUUUGAUUUGAUGACAAACUAAACUAAAUGUUCGGCUCGUUUUAAAAUGUUUAAACAAUAAUAAUCAACGUGCAAUUAAUAGGGCGGCCCUUAUUCCUAGCUAGAUACACGAGUAGAACAGUUAACAAAUGUACUGUGAUAGAGUUGAUUGAUCCCAAAAGCCCGAGAACAUCCAACUUGCAUGCAGCUUGUUUGGCGUCAAAUUCCAAAAUACGACAACAAUUCCUGACUGAGCUGCUUUCAUGAGACUUUGUCACACUUACAAGCUUCGGAAAUGCCUCGUUUGAAACUUGUAUUUUGCACGUUCCAACGCCAUAUUCGCAAAGUUUUACCAUUUUACCAAGAUUAUUUUUGCCUAUUUUUACCCCAAAGACCAAUCAUCCUGGAUUAUGCUGGGUAAAGUUUCAUUAACCCUUCAUCCCCCGAUGCACACAUAAUUUGAUCAUAGCCCGUCUAGUCUUUUUAAGUUGAAAUUGUUUUCACCUUACUUCCAAAGAUAAGUCGCGAGCUUUGUUUUUAAGAGAAAGAGCCAUCGGGGGUGAUCGGUUUCUUCCUACUGUUUUAAAUUAUUUUCAAUUUUAAUUUUGAAUCGUAUGUGUGCUUCAAUAAAUAGUUCCUUUCCUGCGCAAUAAUUUCUGAAACGAACAAUAUAUUUCUUCAGCAAAGUGGCCUGAACAUCAUUCCGUGAGUUCCACCUCAGGUCUUGCUUGAUAAUUAUUGCAUUUAUCAAAUUUCACUUCUGAUAAUAAUUUAUUUCAAAAUUAGAUUCCUUUCGGCCGUUUCAUUGAACGAGAGUAUCGUCUUCUUUGAAAGCCUAUUAGAAUUAGGUGCCAUUUUAAAAUAAUUAUUUUCAAAUUGUGUUUUAAAACAGAGUUUGUCGCACUUUUAGUACUUAAGAAGUGUCUCAAAAUUUGUGAAAUCUCGGAAAAAGUAAAUGUAUUUUCUUAUGGGAACAACUAGACUUUUGAGUGUAAACGUUUGGUUAAUAACCAAUUACUUUUAAAAUCUCCCCACUAAAGAUUUUGAUCUGAUGCUAUUUCAGUAUGUUGGCAUUUUAUUUGAGUAAAAAAUGUGCUGUUUGAUUUUUUAUGAUUGACUGUCCUUCACUAAACACGUGGAAUUCGUUUAUGCUUGUUGGUAACCACGACAUUAGUUGUUGCUAUCACCCGACGAGUUGUGUUUAUUGUUGAGUAAUUAAGAGUGUUGCCUGAUGUUGAAAUCAAAAAGUAUCAGACGAAAGUGUUUGUGCCAAACAUCCUGUACGUGAAAUUUUAAGAUCAAUAAAAAGUGUUGAUUUAAAA